GUCUAUUUUGCCGAUAUGCCUUUGGCAGCGGUUAGACGAGAAGGACAUUCUCCCCUGGAUGUCUUAAAUGAUGACGCAAUACGUCAGUGCCGCAGUAUUUCACCCAAUUGUAGUGUUAGUUCGCCAAUACCUCGUUAUGAGCGCAAUAUGGGCUUCUUUCGUCAACUGAGUCGUCGUUUUGGUUUGAGGUCAAAUGAUGACCUAGUUCACACAGCCAGCAAUGAGGAUGACAAUCAAAGUUCAUCGACCGAUUCGUGUUCUUCACAUACACCACCACAUGCAGCUGCAGUAGCAUCGGCAGCCGACAACAACAAAAAAGAUAAUAAUCUAAUACUCACUGCCAUCACAGCCUCGGAGUAUAUAUCGUGUGCAUCGAGUGAAACUAGUAGUACUGUUGAUAUAGAUGAGCAACUGCAGCAGCUGCAACAACAGCAAAAUGUUAGUAAUGUAAAUGAUUCUGUUACUGCUGAUGAUGACAACAAUGAUGCUGCUGCUGAUAGAGAAAAUUCGGAUGAUGCUGUAAAGUUGUCUUACAACAAAGAGCGUAAAUCAUUUGCACGUUCUAGUUUUUCGCGCCUACAUCGUCGUUCCACCACCUCUUUAAGGCGAGCCUUUGAAGCCUUCUCUCUUUCAUCACGUUCCCUUUCCUGCAGCGGUGUUACACCGCCACCUACCAUUCUACCAACGUCAUCAGCAUCAUCGUCCACCAACAAUGGCACACCCAUUAAAUCAGCUAUGAAAUCUUCCUCUAACCUAGAACUCAAUAAAAAAUCACAAUCUUCUUCCACCUCUUCUUGUUCAUCAUCAUCUUGCUCAGCCUCAGCAGCGGGCAAAUCAACAACAUCAUCAACGCUGUCAGCGACAGCUUCAAAAACCAAAACAAAACCACCGCCACAGCGUAUACUACGUCAGCCAGUCUCAUAUACAUAUCUGAAGGGCAUUUCGGGUCUACCAACCCAGAGGGUACCACGUAAUUCGGUUUGUUGUCAGUAUGCCAGACGUUAAGUUGAUAGAAAUGAUAGAGAUGAAUAAUAAUAAAA